AUGAUGGGCAGCCUACUGGGGGGCAUUGUCGCCGACGCCUUGGGGUCGCCGUAUCAGUUCAAGGAACGGGGCAGCUACUCGGUGACACCAGACAUGGAGUAUUGCCAUACGUACAGCAAGCCGCCGGGCUCCUUCACCGACGACUCCUCCAUGAUGCUGUGCCUGGCAGAGAGCCUGGCUACCCAGAGGCAGUUCGAUGCCGCCGACCAGAUGGAGCGGUACUGGCGCUGGCUGACUCAGGGGUACAUGUCCAGCGCCCCGUAUGCGUUUGACAUCGGUGGGACUACGAAGAAUUCAAUCGCGGGGUAUGGGCACGACAAGAAGCACUGUGAGAUGCUGGGCAAACCGUUCCAGUUCAAAGCAUACGGGCUCACACACUACACAAGCUCGGGCAACGGCGGCAUCAUGCGGCUGGCGCCGGUGCCGGUCUUCUACCACACCAACCACGCCGCCGCAGUGGAGCACUCCAGGCUGUCGAGCGCCGUCACGCAUGCCAGCCCAGAGUGCUUGGACAGCGCGGCUCUGCUGGGCCACGUCAUCCACAGGCUGCUCAACGGCGCAUCCAAGCAUGAGGCAUGUGACAACACCGAGUUCGAGCCGCUGGUGGCCAGCCCCAAGGUCAAGGCGAUAUGCCAAGGGACGUACAAGACCAAGACGCGCGACCAGAUAUCCACAUCGGGCUAUGUGAUUGACUCGCUGGAGGCGGCGCUGUGGGGUCUGUUCCAUGCCACAGACUACGAGGCCGGCGUCAUGACGCUGGCUGCCAUGGGCCUGGACACCGACACCGUGUGCUGCAUUUUUGGGCAGAUGGCGGGCGCGCUGUGGGGCGUGAGCGCCAUUCCAGAGCGCUGGCGGGCGGGGCUGGCAUGCCAGGACACAGUUCACAGAGUGUGUGGUGAUCUGGUUCGGGCGAGCUGUGAGCGUGCAUGA